AUGCCCGCUGGUCACUUGAAUGAACAAAACUAUACAAUCAGUGUAAAUUCUUGUUGCAUCAAAACUGGUGGAGCAAUUGAUGCUUAUUGGACUGUCUAUGGAGAAGUUUCGAAUGGAAAUGCUGAUUGGAUUGGAAUUUACAAAUCUGGUAGAUGUGGAACAACUGUGGGAAGCUCAUGCCCUUCCAAUUCAGAUGCGUGGAGCUAUAUUAGCAGCAGUGGUACCUCUGGCCAACAAAUUAUAACAGCUCCCUCUGCAAUAGGAAUAUAUAGAGCAUACUAUUUCCAUGAUAAUGGGUAUACAAUUAAAGCUAUAUCACAAUCAUUUUCCAUAUUAUCAUCAUCAUUAUGUGCAGCUCUUAAUUUAACAGUUAACCCAGAAACUCAGGUUUCUAAUCAAACAGUUGUUGUUUCAUGGUGUGGUGCUAGUACAUCGGAUAUAGAUGAUUGGAUUGCGUUUUGGCAAAUAGAUUCAUCUCCAAGUACCGAUCACAAUUAUACACCUAGUGCUUGGGCUUAUACAUACGGUGGAACAAUUCCAAAGAAUCAAUAUACAACAGCUUCAGGACAGGUAUCUAUACAGGUUCCUUCAUUACAUGGAACAUACACUGUUUAUUAUUGCAAAACCAACGGAUAUAUCUGUUCAAGCUACAUUACUGUCAAGGUCGUUAAUCCAAAUAUAUGCAAACCAUCUGCUUCAACAACAUCAACAGUUGAACACAUCAUAAUUAUUGUUCCUGAAAACCAUUCUUUUGACAGUAUAUAUGGAAGAUAUUGUCAAGCCACCACAGGUUCAAAACCAACUUGUAAUAUCGGUCCAUCUUGUUGCGAAGCAGCACCAAAUAAUGUAAGUGGAUCAUUUCCCAUAACUUUAACCGAUCAACAAAAUCUUGCGUACGAUCCCAAUCAUAGUGCCUCUUGCGAAACAUGUGAAAUAGAUAACGGUUUAAUGGAUCGAUAUGUUACUGGGUGUUCUUGCUCAAGUCCAUCUAAUUUUGCUAUUGCCGAUAGCACAAGUGCAGGAGGUUAUUAUUCAUGGGCAAGUUCAUAUGCAAUAGCUGAUAAUUUCUUUCAAUCUACUGCUGGUGCCAGUUCUGAAAACAAUAUGUAUUUUGCGACAGGUAAAUUCUUAUUUUUGGAUAAUAAUGUAGUUCCACAAAAUCGUAAUAUGAAUGGGGCACGUUGUUAUACCGCCAAUUUCGCAAGUUAUGAUAGUACAACGAUCACAGAUUUAUUGAAUUAUUGUGGCAUCUAUUGGACAUUCUAUGCUGAAGGGUAUGAUCAAAAUCCAAGCAGUAAUCAAUGCUAUCCAUAUUAUUAUGAUGCAAGUGAUGAUCCAUUUACGUAUUUUCCAAAUUUGAUAAAUUCUUCAGAACGUUAUUCCCAAAAUUUCAGAGAUUAUACUAAUUUGCAUUCUGACAUUAGAGCUGGAAAACUUCCAGCUGUUAGUUACGUCAAAGGAUUAGGUAUUCAUAGUGAACAUCCCGGUUAUAGUACAUUAACAGCCGGUGAAACAAUCUCACAAAAUGUCAUUAAUGCUAUAAAUGCAUCGAAUACAUACAAAGAAAAUACUGUUAUAUUUUUGCUUCCAGAUGAAAGUGGUGGCUUCUAUGAUCAUGUAGCUCCACCACCAAAAAGAACAAUUGAUAAUCAACCAUAUGGCCCUAGGGUGCCAUUUGUUGCUGUCGGACAUCAAAUUAAACAAAAUUAUGUUUCACAUGUUCAGAUGGAAUCGUCGAGUUUAAUUAAAUUUAUUGAAUGGAACUGGCUUAAUGGUCAACCCGGUCAAUUAGAAACUCGUGAUACAGUUGUUAAUAACAUUGGCGACAUGUUUGAUCAUACAAAAACCGGUGUUGAAAUCCCUUCAAACUAA